AUGUCAGCUAUGGAUAUUGAUGGUGAUGUUUCAACUGUAUUAGCUACUAUUAGACUGGAAACAGAAUCACCAGAAUUAAUUAAUUUAUUGUAUCAAUUAGAAGAUUACUAUGAAAGAAAAUUAUAUCAUCAAUUAACUCAAUUGUUAGAUGAAUUUUAUUAUACAUUUGAUCAAUCCAUUAUAACACCAGAUUUGAAACAUAAAGUUUAUACACGAUUUAUUUCUGAAUUUCAAUUAAAAUUAAAUCAUAUUAAAGUUGUUGAUUUUUUGUUAGAGAGUUUUAAAACUGAUCAAGAAGUAUUGGAUAAAUUAAUUGAAUUGAAAAAGUUAUUAAUUGACAACUUGAAGAAAGAAAAUAAUAUUAAAGAUUCUGAAGAUGAUAAAGAAUUGUUGAAUAAAAUAGUAUCUGAUGAUGAAUCUAUCAUUUAUAUAGAUUUACAAAUUGCAAGAUAUUAUCUCAAAUUGAAUAAAAGUCAUGACAGUGAAGAAAUAUUAAAUAAAUUGUCUACAAAAUUUGAUAAUUUAAAUAAUAACCUCAUUUCAAAAAUUAAUGCUGCCUAUUAUUUAACAAAAUUGGAAUAUGAUCAUAUUUUAAAAAAUUAUAAUGAAUUUUAUUCAAAUGGAUUACUUUAUUUAUCAAGUACAAAAAAUUUAUCAAAAGAUGAACUGAUUAAAUUAUGUUAUGAAUUAUGUAUAUCUGCAUUAUUAGGUGAUAAAAUUUAUAAUUUUGGUGAAUUAAUAUUGCAUGAUAUCUUAAAAGAAAUAGAAAGUGAAAAUUCUCAAUACUUUUGGUUAUUUAACCUAAUUCAAAACCUCAAUUCCGGUAAUUUAACAGAAUUUAAUAAUUGGUUAUCUAUUGCAUUCGAAAAAUCACCAAUGUUGAAGCAACAUGAACUAUUCCUUAAACAGAAAAUUAUAAUUAUGGGUUUAUUGGAAUUAAUAUCAACAAAAUCAACAACUAAUAAACAAUUAAAAUUUGAUGAAAUUAGUCAAUUUACAGGCACUCCCAAAAAUGAUGUUGAACAUUUAAUUAUAAAAUGCUUUUCAUUAAAUUUAAUUAAAGGUUAUAUUAAUCAAGUCGAUGAAAGGUUAAUAAUUACUUGGUUACAACCAAGAAUUUUAAAUUUACAACAAGUUAAAACUUUAUAUGAUCAUUUACUAAAUUGGGAUAAUAAAGUUGAAGAAUUGGGUAGAAGUGUUUAUGAAAAUGGUGGUACUGUUUGGGCUGGUGUUUAA